CCGGACUGCGACCGACAGCCGGACUUGUCGAACAAGUCUCAGCCUUCACAUCCGGCACCGACGCCCAAGGCAGAACCGGAGCAGCGCUUGCCGAAGGACGAGCAGGAGGAUGACCGCUUCUCAGAGCCCAGCGCACCGAAGCCGAGUCGGGCCAAGGCAGAGGCCGCCCAAGGUGCGGAAUCUGAUGAAGAUGCUCCUCUUGUGAAAGAGCCUGCCCCCAAGCGGGCCAAGAAGCCUGGGCCGGCUGCUGCAGAGAACGAAGAAGCUGCUGUGGCGAAGCAGCCCGCUCCGAAGCGACGGAGGCUCACCGAGGCCCAGAAAUGCCAGCUUUGGCGAGAGCAGGGCCUUGAGCUGUGUCGAAGCAAGGACAUCGACUACAACAAGGGCUUCCAGCGCGUGCACAUAGAGCUGGCAGCCCUCCCGGCCAACCAUUGGCAAGAGUUCCUGACCAGCCUGGGGAAGAAUGUAGCCCACAUGAAGCUGCGGAUCCUGGGACAGGAUUCGCUGGCGAUGAUCCCUUCAUCUGCAGACACCAGCAUCUACAAGCAACUGCGGGGAGCCUUGUUCUACUGCCACUUGUGUAAGCAGGAGUCCAACUUCCACCGCCUGUCUCUGUCCGGACAGGAGAAGGUCUUCCUGCACGAGGGAACAAGAAAGCACAGGCUGGCGCUGGCCGGGCAAGAGAGCGUCGUUGUGACGGCCACCGCAGCUGCGUGCCCGGGCGUCCUCAUUGGAUGUGGCCACUCUUCCAUGGAUGCCGUGCAUGAUUCCUGUGUGGCGUGGCUAGGCUCUGGCAUGUUGAACUGCAAUGCCAAGAACAACCAGUCACCGGAGCUUCUGCAUCUCUGCAGCCUGAGCUAUGUGAACGACAAGCUGGUGCUGAAACACCGAGAGUGCACUGGCACGUUUCUGGAGGCCAGUGCCUGCGCUUUGUGUGCAAAGCUGGCCGAAAGCAAGCAGCUCCAUGGGCAGGUUGCGCGUUGGGGCAUGAGGCUGUCCUUGGUGCAGCAUGCCAGAUCGCUGGCGCAUGGCACGCAGGCGGAGCAAGAGGAGAGUCAGGCAGCCCUGCUUUCGAGUGACUUCUACCAGUUCACGCCCCUGCGCAAGGAGGUGGACGACGUCCUGGCGGUCGAGCAGGAGGAAGCCCGCCUCAUCCUCAUCAAGCGCAAGAUGGACAGCAUCAACAAGGCCACGCGUACGGAGCGGCUGGACCUGUGGAUCCGUGAGUGUGUGGUCCAGCUAACCUUUGACAACAAGGACGAGAACGAGCGACAGGCCUACAGGGCACUGAGCACGCAGUUCGUGGAGUCGCUUCGCGCCGGCAAGGUUGAGAAGAAGGACUUGGUCCUGGCGUCGCGCGUGGCAGCAGGCCAGCUCGCCAGCAGCAAGCUGGUGAGCUGCCUGAUGCAUUCCUUUUUCGAUAUGAAGGAUCGCAUGGAUCGCGGCCACCACGACCGCCUCACAUCCUCCCAACAUCUGGACAGCGAGACUCUCCAAGAGGUCGCGUUUACCUUUGGAUUCGAGAGCAAGACCAAAACCCUCAUGCGGGCAUUUGGGGUGAAUUUGAAAGGCCGCAGCAGUGUGGACUACGUCUGCGACACACUCCCCCGCUUCUACAUGGCCCACCGUGACCUGAAGCUUCUGACCGACAAUGCCAGGGUUUCUUUGGAAUUGCUCCGGGCCACGAACAGUCGAGCGCAUUUCUUGUCUCUGGACGAGACAUGCUGGCGGCCCACGUUCUCCUUGGUGUCUGGCCUGGUGGACGCUAACACUUCUUCAAUCGUUGGAGGGCAGUUCAAGGCAGGCGACGACUUGCCUCAACGGCAGAGCUGCCGGAAAAGAAACAGACUGGCGGUGGACGGAGGGACCUCGAACAGCAUGGUCCUGAAAGCGACCCUCGGUGUGCUACCGACAGUCGACCUGGGCAAAGCUGAGUUCUUCUGCGAUUGCGCCUACGAGGCCAUGCCGAAGAUGCCUUUCUUUCCUUUCCAGCACCUGGUCUGGAAGAAGACGCGGCGGAUACUGGGAAGCCUGGAUGCGCUUCACACGCUCAAGCGCUAUGCCUGCCAUCACUUCUCUGGAACAAGGGUGGUGCAUUACGGGCGCAGUGCCAUGCACCCUUCGCAUCUGCUGAUCGGAAAGAUCCCUGUGAAAGCGUUCAUAGGCACCGACGGUCGACCGGGAAGCUCUGCUGAGGAUGACACGUGUGCCGGCUACUACCUCCUCCUGCUGUUCUGGUUUCUUGCAAGGAAAAACUUCGCAGAAGACUUUGCCGAGAAGUGGCUUCCCAUCCAGACGACCCGGAACAUGUGCAUCGUCUGCGCCCUGGGGAUGGCCCUGACCCUCCAACAGCCGGAGGACACUGAGCUGCCGUUGCUGGGGCGAUGCUUCGCGGAAAAAGUGUGCGAGCACUUUUUCUCGCGGGCAAAGGCCGGCUUCCGUGGGCAACCCUGCAUCGGCAACGGCAUCACCGGCAUCCAAAGGGAUCACACGCGCCAAGCGAGCCAAGUGUUGCAGGUGGAUCCCGCGCUGGACGACAGCGCAGGAAGACUUGCCCCCUCCCGUGCGGCGAGCAUGGCCAAAACGACCUGGGAGCACUGCUUGCGUUUUGUGACUUGGGUCGAGCCUGGGCUGAAGUGCGACGAGCUCGAGGAGGAGUUCAAGAUGUGGUGGGCUUCCGAGGGCGUGGCCGCCGUGAGCAUGAACGCGGCCACGAUGGAAAACGACGACCUCGAGGAGGAAGAGGACCUGGACAAGGAAGAGCAGCCGGACGAAGCCGCCGCCGUGUCGGACGACAAAAACCUCGCAGUGCUGCAGAACGUGGAGGAUCAGAUCAAAGCCAAGGCUGAGAUUGAAAAGCUGGCGCAUGCCAUCGUCAAUGGAGAGGAGGGCCAGACAAGCGAGGAGCCUGUGCAAGUGAGCUUGGAGAAGGCGAGCGACCGGACCUUCCUGAGCAUCUUGAAAAUGUGCGCCGACACCGACGCAUUUGCCGCUCCCGACAGCUCCAAGGAAGCUUGCUUGAAAAAGCAGCAGCAGCUGAAGCCCACGCUCCUGGAGUACGUGAGAAGGACGCGCCUGCGGGAGAACAUCCUCUCGGCCGCCAUGCUCACUGGCGAGACCAAGUACCAGAGCUCGGGCUCGCACAAGAUGGAGCACGAGCUCGCCCUUGCUCGUCAAGCCAGCUUGUCCAACGGCGCCCGCCAAACCCGGGCAGCAGCGUGGCGUGUGGUGCAGUCGAAGAUCGAAGAGGCGGUGAAGUGCCCGAAGACCGACGGCAAGCUCAUCAGCGCAAUCACGCACUACGUGCCCGAGAAAGAGGAUGUGCGCCAGGUGGUCGUGUUCAAGCUUGCCGGGGACACCUCGCUGAACUUCGGGAUCAUUAAGUCCGUCUUCCGAGGCAGCGUCACCAAGAAAAACGGCGAGGCCUCCAGGAAGAUGCGCGUGUCCAAGCUCGCUGUGAAUCCCCUGCCUGCAGGCAGUGUUUCCAGAGUCAUCGUGCAGUGCCUCACGAAGUACUCAGAGCACUCGUUCUUCGCAUGCGGCCUCUCGCCCGACUACCUCCUGGACCCGGCGCAGCACAUCCUGGGCGAGAUCAAGGUUGGCUCUUUCAAGUGCACAGCAGAGCACACACUGCUGUCAGUGUCCGAUGCCACGCCGGAAGCCGUCGAAAAGCUGAAGGCGCAGCCCAACCUGUUGAAGCCCGUGACGAUAAGCUUGCCCAUACCCGACGUUGGGGAGUCCGUGCAGGGCAAAGGCAAGAUCUGGACGUGGAUGGACUUUACCCGCCAGCUUCAGGGUACCUAUGCCAUUCAGCGGUGGAUGCGAGACCUCCCUUCUCUUUACGAGGCAGCCGAGAUCCCCUUGUUGAACCAGGAGAAGCAAAUCGUCGUGAAGACCGCUUCUGGAGCAGAGAAGCCAAUACUGUGGGAGGAAGUGGCUCUCAGGACGCCCGAUGCCUUUGACCUCCUGUUGGAUAAGGUGACUGGGGCGAAGUUCGGCAAGAGCGUGCUGCACAACUUCCUGCAGCUGGUUCCGGACAAGAAGGAUCCGAAAGGCUGCGUGCACAAGAUCGUCAAGUUCGUGGAGAAG